AUGAAGACCGCCGCUAUCACCGCUACUCUUCUCGCCGUUCUUGCGAGCGCCAACCCCAUUGAGAUCCGUCAAAAUGGUGGCUGCAAGGCGUUCACUCUCCUCUUCGCCCGUGGCACCACUGAAAUGGGCGGCCUUGGCAUGGUCGUCGGACCCGGCCUUGAUAGGGAUGUCAAGGCUGCCCUUGGCGCCGAUGCCGUCACGGUUGAGGGUGUCACCUACCCCGCCGAUAUGGGUGGUAUCAUGGCUGAGAUCACCGGCACAGGCCCUGGCAGCACUGCCAUGACCAGCCAGGCAAACUCCUGGCUCAGCAAGUGCCCGGACACCAAACUCAUCCUCACGGGCUACAGCCAGGGCGGCAUGGUCGUCCACAACGCUGCUAAGAAGCUCAGCGGCAAGCCUAUUGUUGCGGCUGUCACCUUUGGCGACCCUUUCAAGGGUCAAAAGGUCGCGAACGUGCCUGAGGGAAGCUUCAAGAGCUUCUGCGGUGCUGGUGACACCGUUUGCAUGUCUGGCGGGUGCGCCAGCGCCGGGGGCUGCAACAGUGCCAGCCCCUCCGGGCAUCUCGGCUACGGCUCCGAUACCAAGACUGCCGCUAGCUUCAUCAAGUCAGUGGUGGGUUAA